ACUAUUCAUUGACUGUUAUAAUAUUGUUUAAUAAACCCAUUAUUGCAAAAUUUAAUUAGCUAUGGCAUCGACCAACUUUUUAACUGUGAAAACGCAUUUAUCGGAAUUUAAAUAUUCAGACAAAGAUACAUUAAGCGAAGCUUCUGGAAGUGGAACGAGUAAUUCCGUGACGUCAGCAGAAGACUUACAGAAAUUAGCAGUGAUUCUUGGGUUAAACAGUGCUGAAGAUGUAUACCAAGAAAGAUUUCGUGUUGACCGACGUCGACUGGAAGCUAUGCUGGCCGAUAACUUGGAUGAGACACAAACGGCUCAAGCAUUCUUCCACCGAGUAAUGACUGAAACAAACACAUUGAUAAAUUGGCCCGCUCGUCUCAAAAUUGGAGCUCGUUCAAAAAAAGAUCCACACGUGAGAGUCGCUGGUCGAACUGAUGAUGUGAAGCUGGCUCGUGAGAAAAUUAUCCAGUUAUUGGACACAAGGAAUAACCGUGUUACAAUGAAGAUAGAUGUCAGCUACACGGACCACUCGCACAUCAUAGGAAAGGGUGGUCUAACGAUAAAGCGCGUGAUGGAGGAGACGGGCUGUCACAUCCACUUCCCGGACUCGAACCGCACCAGCGCCGUGGAGAAGAGCAACCAGGUGUCCAUCGCCGGCGAUAUGGAGCGCGUGGAACGCGCCAGGGCACGCGUCAGGGCUCUCACCCCGCUGGUGUUUUCCUUCGAGCUGCCUAUAACGCACAGCUCGCAGCCGCUGCCCGACAUCACCUCGCCUUACGUUCUCAAUAUUCAGGACCAGUACAAUGUGCAGGUAAUGUUACGCAACCGUGCUAAGCUGCACGCAAACCUGUUGGUGGUGAAGGGUGUGCAGUGGGAGCUGCACGCCACCAUGGAGGCCACCAACCUGCUCAUGAACUACAUGUGUGGCCCGCUAGCUAGCCAAACCCAAGUACAGAUGUCCCUGGAGAUAUCCCCGAUGCACCACAGCGUGGUGAUGGGGCGCGGCGCGGAGCAGCUCAAGGUCAUCAUGAAGGGCACCAACACGCAGAUCAUGUUCCCGGACGCCGACGACCCCAACAUACCCAUGAUCAAGAAGAGCUGUGUCACCAUCACUGGCAAUAUCAAGGAUGUGUAUGCGGCUAGGCAGCAGUUGGUUGUAAGUCACUUGUAA